CCCAUCGAUCCGCCUCCAUAAAUAGGCUAUAUCUCCAACCAUAGCAGCAAAGAUAAAACAAGAGAUUCAGAGAACAUCGAUCGGUGAGUCUCAGCUCGAUCCAUCUCUCUGCCGGCCAGCCGGACUAGUGGACUACCAGUCUCAGCUCGAUAGAGAAAACAGGGAGAGAAACAGAGCAAGCAAGGAAGAAGAUCAAUCCGCGGCAGCCAUGGCGCGGCCGCAGCUGGAGGUGCUGUCGAAGCUGGACGCGGCGAAGACGCAGUGGUACCACUUCACGGCGAUCGUGAUCGCCGGCAUGGGCUUCUUCACGGACGCCUACGACCUCUUCUGCAUCUCCCUCGUCACCAAGCUCCUGGGCCGCAUCUACUACCACAUCGACGGCUCCCCGACCCCGGGCUCCCUCCCUCCCAACGUCGCCGCCGCCGUCAACGGCGUCGCCUUCUGCGGCACGCUCUCCGGCCAGCUCUUCUUCGGCUGGCUCGGCGACAAGAUGGGACGCAAGAAGGUCUACGGCAUGACGCUCAUGUGCAUGGUGCUCUGCUCCAUCGCCUCCGGCCUCUCCUUCGGCCAGACGCCCACCUCCGUCAUGGCCACGCUCUGCUUCUUCCGCUUCUGGCUCGGCUUCGGCAUCGGCGGCGACUAUCCGUUGUCCGCCACGAUCAUGUCAGAGUACGCCAACAAGAAGACCCGGGGCGCCUUCAUCGCCGCCGUCUUCGCCAUGCAGGGCUUCGGCAUCCUGACAGGCGGCGUGGUGACUCUCGUCAUCUCCUCGGCGUUCAGGGCGGCGUUCGACGCGCCGGCUUACAAGGACGGCGCCAUGGCGUCGACGCCGCCCCAGGCCGACUACGUGUGGCGGAUCAUCCUGAUGUUCGGCGCCAUCCCGGCCCUGAUGACGUACUACUGGCGGAUGAAGAUGCCGGAGACGGCGCGCUACACGGCGCUUGUGGCCAAGAACGCCAAGCAGGCCGCCGCCGACAUGUCCAAGGUGCUCCAGGUCGAAAUCGGCGCCGAGGAAGACAACAACAAGGCUGGCGGCGCCGUGGAGGAGAACCGGAACUCGUUCGGGCUGUUCUCGGCGGAGUUCCUGCGUCGCCACGGGCUUCACCUCCUGGGCACGGCCACAUGCUGGUUCCUGCUCGACAUCGCCUUCUACUCGCAGAACCUCUUCCAGAAGGACAUCUUCACGGCCAUCAACUGGAUCCCCAAGGCAAACACCAUGAGCGCCCUCGAAGAAGUCUACCGCAUCGCGCGCGCCCAGACGCUCAUCGCGCUCUGCGGCACGGUGCCGGGCUACUGGUUCACGGUGGCGCUCAUCGACAGGAUCGGCAGGUUCUGGAUCCAGCUAGGGGGGUUCUUCUUCAUGACCGUCUUCAUGCUCUGCCUGGCGGCGCCGUACCACCACUGGACGACGCCCGGGAACCACAUCGGCUUCGUCGUGCUCUACGGGCUCACCUUCUUCUUCGCAAACUUCGGGCCCAACUCCACGACAUUCAUCGUCCCCGCGGAGAUCUUCCCUGCCAGGCUCAGGUCCACCUGCCAUGGCAUCUCCGCUGCUGCCGGGAAGCUCGGCGCCAUUAUUGGGUCCUUUGGGUUCCUCUACCUGGCGCAGAGCCAGGACCCCGCCAAGGUGGACCAUGGCUACAAGGCUGGGAUUGGGGUCAGGAACUCGCUGUUUAUCCUCUCUGUUUGCAAUUUCCUCGGGAUGGGAUUCACCUUCCUCGCGCCGGAGUCCAAUGGCCUCUCGCUCGAGGAGCUCUCUGGGGAGAACGAAGACGGCGAGGACCAGCCGGCGCCGGCGCACGCCAGGACGGUGCCCGUGUGAUGGUGAGGAAUCUAUACUUUUAUUAGUGAUCUGUGGUCUUGUCUUGAGUUCAUUAGAUUAGAGUCGGUUCUAUUGUGUAAACAUGAUCAACAUGAUCGAGAGUUGUUACCGAGAUAUGAACAGGGGAUGUGUGGUGUGUGGGUCAGUUGCUUCUACGGGCAGCUAGUAAUUUCGGGUGUGUCAGUCAGUCAGGCCCAAAAUACUUACUCUUUUGCAGAGUUUUUGCUCUUAAUUUUGUUUCUCUUCUCGUAGUACUACAGCAUCUCCAUGAUACUCGCGGAACGGAGUAAUACAUACAUGCUCUUUAUAC